AAUGAUUAGACGUCGCAAAAUUCAAGUAAAACCAAACCAGUGUUUAUCCAAACCUAAAAAUAAUGAAGAAGAAAAUGAAGAUAAAAGUAAACGGUCGAAAGGAGAAGAAUCGACAACAACAACAGCAACAACAGUUGAAACAACAAUAAUACCAAUAAUAUUUACUUCUUCAAAUCCCCAGACAAAUACAACAUCGGAAAUAGUAGUCCCUCAAUUAAGUCAAGAAGACCAAUUAAAUAGACAACAGACAAUUAAUUGUGAAGAAACAAAUAAUCAGAAUAAUAAUAGUCAUAAUGUUGUCUCUACAACAUCUUCAUUGGAAACAAUUAUUGUUACGAGUACUGAUCACAGCCGUGGGAUAAAUACUGUUGUCAAUGUCAACUCAAAUAUUAGUGUUUUACAGCUUCCGGAAAGUUUUGAUAGAAAUGUUCCGGAAAGUGUUGUACAUGAGAAACAGACAUCAAAUAAUCGAAUUCAUUUACCGCCAUUAUUGUCUUCUUCAAGAACUUCCCAACAACAACAAAAUACUUAUAAUAGUUAUUGUAAUUUAUCGGAAAGUUAUGGUUCUCCUCAAAAAUUGGAUAAAAGUGAUUCUACUUUAAGUGAAAAAAGAUCUAGAGAAAGACCGAAAGAGAAAUUAUGCGAUACAAAAAAGUUUACAAUGGCUGAUUUGGUUAAAUGGCGUCCUAAAACAGAAAAUACAUUCAGAAAGAAGUGGUCCACAAAACGUAAAAAUGAUGAGGAGGAAAAAGCUUCAAUACUUUCAAAAACGGAUGAAUCUGCCGAUGAUUUAUCAACUAGUAAAUCUUUGACACCUAAAAAGGGAAUUAAUAUUGAUGAAGAAAAAGAGGAGAAACCGCCAACUUCAGGGCCUAGAGUCAGAAUAAAUGAACAAGGAGAAAUGGUAGUAGAUGAAGAUUCUUUAAUUGUUAUGCAAAAUCCAGAAAAUGUUCAACUGGAGACUGUUAUAAAUAAUGAUGCUGGUCCAAAGAAAUUGACAUCUAUGAGCUUUAGAAAGAGAAGUCGAGGGUCUAUUUGGAAUGUUUUGGAGACUGAUUUGUUUUAUGAAGUAUUAGCAGCAACAGGGACUGAUUUUGGUUUAAUGCACGAAUUUAUUCCAAAUCGUUCCCGGGUGGAAUUGAAACAAAAAUUUAAUAGGGAACAUCGUAUAAAUCCGAGACGGAUGGAUGAGGCUUUACGACACCCAGUCCUUUUGGAUGGACGCCUUCGUCAGCGAGUGGAACGAUUUCAUGCAGAACUGGCUAAAUAAGGAAAUAUUUUGUUUUGUGCUUUUUGGAGGACGAUAAGUUUAAUUUUUUCAAUUUUGAAAAUUCUCUUUUGACAUUUUUGAAAUUUUUUUUCGAGAUUUUUUUUCAAUUUAAAUUGUGUUAAAGUAUAUUUAAAUAUUUUUUUUUGAUUAAAAAAAUUAAUUCCUGUAUAUAAUUUGUGGUAUGUCUGGUUAAGGAAGGGGGUUUUUUUUGAGAGAGUCGUUUUUUCAACUUAAUUGUGGGAUUUUUGG